CCAGUGCGAGGCACUGGUUCGAGGGAGGGCGGAAUGGCUAUUUAAAGAGUGUACAGGGAGGGAACACGGCACUGAGUAAACGCCGCCAAACAAAUAACACCAUCGCCAUCACCAUCGUACCAUUAUUAUUUACAGUGGCAGACAUUCGAACCUGGACGAAAUACCAGGACUUCAGUCAGUGGUUUGUAUACGCAGUAUAGCCCGCGAUCGAAUCCACUGACAGCGACGUCGACAUCAGCCACCAUCCGGUACGGGACCGCAUAAAUUGAAAUGGGGAAAGAUUAUUACAAAAUCCUGGGGAUUUCGAAAGGAGCGGCAGAAGAGGACAUUAAAAAAGCAUACAGAAAACAGGCUCUAAAAUGGCACCCCGAUAAAAACAAGGCGCCCAAUGCAGGAGAAAAAUUCAAGGAGGUCGCCGAGGCAUAUGAAGUUCUUAGUGAUCCAAAGAAACGAGAAAUAUACGACCAAUAUGGAGAGGAAGGUUUGAAAGGAGGAGGAGGGCCCACAGACGGACAAGGCAGCAACUUCACCUAUACCUUCCACGGAGAUCCUCACGCGACGUUCGCCACCUUUUUCGGUGGCGCCAACCCUUUCGAAAUGUUUUUCGGCCGGAAGGUCAACGGGAGAGAUGAUGAUGACAUGGAAGUGGACGGUAGUGAUCCUUUUGGUUCUUUUACAAGUUUUAACAUUAACGGGUUCCCUCGCGAUCGCCACGUAGGUCUCGGAGGUCAAUCCCGGAGAAAACAAGACCCAGCGAUCCACCACGAGCUGCGCGUAUCGUUAGAGGAGGUCUUUCAUGGGUGUACCAAGCGCAUGAAGAUCUCUCGCAAGCGCUUGAAUCCAGAUGGACGGACCAUGAGGACCGAGGACAAAAUCCUUACUAUUGAGAUAAAGCGGGGAUGGAAGGAGGGUACCAAAAUCACAUUUCCACGCGAGGGUGACGAAUCACCUGGCACCAUUCCAGCGGACAUCGUGUUCGUAAUCAAGGACAAGCCUCACGCCCACUUUCGACGAGAGGGCUCAGAUAUCGUGUAUCCUGUGCGCGUCAGUUUACGUCAGUCUUUGUGUGGCUGCUCAGUUACUGUGUCAACAAUAGAUGGAAAAACAUGCAACAUGAAGAUCACUGACGUCAUCAAACCUGGCAUGAGGAAGAUCAUCGCCGGACAGGGACUGCCCUUCCCUAAGAACCCUGAGCAAAGGGGCGACCUCAUAGUGGAAUUUGAUGUGACCUUUCCAGAGAGUCUGCCAUCCACUGCUAAGGACGUCCUGAAACGGCACCUGCCAACUUCAUAGAGGGAAGUGGGCUGACGGAAAUGGCAUUACCAUCCAAUCAUUAGCCCCACCCUCCCUUAGUCACCACCAUGGGACAAUGCUGACAAAUCACCACUAUACCCCCAUAAAGAAUGUGCAAUUUCUAUUUUUGAACUGUUUAGCAUUUUGUUCUAUUUUGUUUUGCUUUGCUUUUUUAAAUAUGUUGCAUGCUGUAAUAAGGUCAUAAAAGUGCAAGUGCAAUAUUCCUAUCAAUAUUCGUAUUGUCUGAAAGUAAAUAACAAAUUUGAUUCCUUUUCAAA